AUGAAAUUAAUAUUAUCAACAUUGAUUGUAUUUAUUCACACCUUAUUGGUGCUGGCUUUACCUACAAAAGAAGGGUCAGAUCCUAACUCAGCUAAGAAAUAUUUAGUUUCUGAUUUACCUGGAUUACAUGAGAAUAUAACUCCAGAUAAUUCCAUACCUUUGAUGUUUGCUGGACAACUAGAAAUAUAUCCUGAAACUGAUACUCAUUAUUUUUUCUGGAAAUUCAGUGAUCUGAAUCCAGAAACGGUUACUAAUAGAACUAUAUUUUGGCUUAAUGGUGGGCCUGGUUGUUCGUCUAUGGAUGGUGCAUUAUUAGAAACUGGACCUUUCAGAAUAAACUCCCAACAACAAGUCAUUAGCAAUAAUGGAUCAUGGCAUAAGAUGGGGGAUAUUAUAUAUGUUGAUCAACCUGCUGGUACUGGAUUCAGUUAUUCUGAUACUUAUAUCACUGAUUUAGAUCAAGUGGCUGAGUAUUUUUUAAAAUUUAUGGAAAAAUAUUAUGAAUUAUUUCCUGAAGAAAUAGGCUAUGAGAUUUAUUUUGCUGGUGAAAGUUAUGCUGGUCAGUAUAUUCCUUAUAUUGCCGAUGCUAUAUUACAAAGAAAUAAAAAGUUGGUUGAUGGUGAACAUAAAUAUGAUUUGCGUGGAGUCUUAAUUGGGAAUGGUUGGGUUUCUCCUAAUGAACAAAGUUUAUCAUAUUUGCCAUUUUUCAAAGACCAUGGGUUGAUUGAUGUGCAUCAUCCAAAGUGGGCAACAUUAUUAGCUAAACAUGAACAAUGUCAAAAAAUCGUUAAUAAAAUAGACUCUACUUUUGAUGAUGGUGUAGUUCAUUAUUAUGAGGUCAGCUCUUCUACUUGUGAAGCCAUUUUAACUGAUUUAUUGGAGUACACUCAAGAUACGGCUAGUGAAAAGGACCAAAGAUGUGUUAACAUGUAUGAUUACACUUUACGUGAUUCUUAUCCUUCAUGUGGUAUGAACUGGCCUUAUGAAUUGGUGAAUGUGGGACCAUUUUUAAGACAAGAAAAAGUUAUGCAUCAAUUGAAUUUAAUCAAUUUGAAAAAAUGGAAUGAAUGUAAUGGCAGAGUUGGUCGUACAUUUCAAGCAAGACAUUCUAUUCCUGCAGUACAUCUUUUACCUGAAUUAGCCAAAGAAAUCCCGGUGAUGUUAUUCAAUGGUGCCAAUGAUAUUAUUUGUAAUUCUCAAGGUGUUUUGUCAUAUCUCCAGAAAUUACAAUGGAAUGGUGAAACGGGAUUUACUAAUAAAGAUAACCAAAUAAGUUGGAUUUAUGACAAUAAAGAAGUUGGUUAUAUCAUAUGGGAAAGAAAUAUUUCAUUCAUUAACAUUUAUAACUCAUCACAUAUGGUACCAUAUGAUUUACCCGAUGUAUCAAGAGCGUUGAUUGAUUUAAUAACGGGUAAAUAUGAUGAAAAGGAUGUUGAUGGCAAAAAAUCAUUUGUGACGUACCCAUUAGGAUCGAGAAAGGAAAGUGAUGCGUCCGCCGAUGGAGAAGAGAAUGCUGGACUGGACAAAGUUCCUGGUGAUAGUCCUUCACAGACUAUAGACCCAAUGAUAUCGUCAUCUACUGCGUCAUCAUCAUCAGUUGAGUCUUCCUUAUCAAGCAGUACAGCAUCGGCUGAUUCCGAUUCCACCAGUAGUAAAUUCACAAGAUUAAUUCAAUUAGCAGUAAUUCUUGUGAUAUUCUGGGGGGUUUAUGUGCUUUAUGCAUCCUAUAAAUCAAGACCAUCGUCAAUAAUUAAAAAACCUACGAAUAAUACCAGCAAUGUCACUCGCUCAUCAGCUGGUAAGAAAAAGAAUGUCCAAUGGGCAGAUCAAUUAAAUCAAUUUGAAGAUGAUGAAAGAACUCAAGAACCCAACCAAGGGAUCAUUGCUAAAGCAAUUGGUAAAAUCACUGGAUCGAAAGAUACAAGAGGUAGAUAUGCUCCUGUUCAAAGAGGAAAUGGUAAUGAAUACAUAGAUGAUAUUGAGUUGGGUGAAGGUCUAAGUGAUCCUAAUGUCGAUGAGUUUAUAAUUGGCAGCGAUGAUGACGAGGAACAAGGACAGGCACAUUCAGGUGCUGCUACUCAUAAUCAAAAACAAAAACCAAUGAAUUAG